GCUUCAGUAGCGAGAGGGGCUGAGAAAGUGGUGACACCGCCGGGUUGCGGAGGGAGUCCCUGAAACUUCUCCCAACAGCCCCAGGGCCAAUCUCCUUUCAGCCCACUCCCCUCUUCGCCAGCUCCCAGGUCCCCACUCCCUGCAUCGGGGGUGGGGUGGGGGGCCAGGCUCGUCUCCCGCUGGGACACACACAGGGGCCGGGAACGGGGACGGGACCCCCGAGGCGGGGGGACGGACCGACAGACAGACGGCCGGCUCCCGCCCCAGCGGGCAGGCAGGCAGGAGGAGGCGGAGACGGGGGUACGACGGGGAGGACUGGGUCUGGGAGUUUCCUCUCAACUACCGGGGGAGAAACUCCCCGCAGCCGGAGGAAAGACCCAGACGGUGUUUUCCUCCCGGGGGCCGCGCUCCCCCGCCCCGCGUAGCGGCGGUCGCCGCCGCCGCCACCGGCGCCUCCACCUCUACCAUCUCCUCUUUCUCCACCACCGCGGGCCCCGGUGUUCCCGGCCAGCACUAUGCCCAUCUUACUGUUCCUGAUAGACACGUCUGCCUCUAUGAACCAGCGCAGCCAUCUGGGCACCACCUACCUGGACACGGCCAAAGGCGCGGUAGAGACCUUCAUGAAGCUCCGCGCCCGGGAUCCUGCCAGCCGCGGAGACAGGUAUAUGCUGGUCACUUUCGAAGAGCCGCCCUAUGCUAUCAAGGCCGGAUGGAAAGAAAACCAUGCAACGUUUAUGAAUGAACUGAAAAACCUUCAGGCUGAAGGACUUACGACUCUUGGCCAAUCCCUAAGGACAGCUUUUGAUUUAUUAAAUUUAAAUAGAUUAGUAACUGGCAUAGACAACUAUGGGCAGGGAAGAAACCCCUUUUUCUUGGAGCCAGCAAUAAUUAUUACAAUUACUGAUGGGAGCAAGUUGACUACUACUAGUGGAGUCCAGGAUGAGCUCCAUUUACCUCUUAAUUCUCCUUUGCCUGGAAGUGAAUUGACCAAGGAACCUUUUCGUUGGGAUCAGAGACUCUUUGCAUUAGUGUUGCGGUUGCCUGGCACCAUGUCAGUAGAAUCAGAACAGUUGACAGGUGUGCCUUUAGAUGACUCUGCAAUCACACCAAUGUGUGAAGUGACAGGCGGUCGCUCUUACUCUGUAUGUUCUCCAAGAAUGCUUAAUCAGUGUCUGGAGUCCUUGGUGCAGAAAGUGCAAAGUGGAGUGGUAAUAAACUUUGAAAAAGCAGGACCAGAUCCUUCCCCUGUAGAAGAUGGGCAGCCAGAUAUAUCAAGGCCUUUUGGAUCUCAGCCUUGGCAUAGCUGUCACAAACUCAUAUAUGUCAGGCCAAAUCCCAAAACUGGGGUUCCUAUAGGUCAUUGGCCUGUUCCAGAGUCUUUUUGGCCAGAUCAGAAUUCUCCAACAUUACCACCUCGUACAUCUCAUCCUGUAGUGAAGUUUUCCUGUACAGACUGUGAACCAAUGGUUAUUGACAAAUUGCCUUUUGACAAAUACGAGUUGGAACCUUCACCACUGACUCAAUUUAUCCUGGAAAGGAAAUCUCCUCAAACAUGUUGGCAGGUAUAUGUGAGCAAUAGUGCAAAAUAUAGUGAACUUGGUCAUCCCUUUGGUUACUUGAAAGCCAGUACAGCACUGAAUUGUGUCAACUUAUUUGUGAUGCCUUACAAUUACCCAGUCCUCCUUCCCCUUUUAGAUGACUUGUUUAAAGUACAUAAAGCAAAACCAACAUUGAAAUGGAGACAGUCAUUUGAAAGUUAUUUGAAGACAAUGCCUCCCUACUAUCUUGGGCCUCUGAGGAAAGCUGUUAGAAUGAUGGGAGCACCUAACCUCAUAGCAGACAGUAUGGAAUAUGGACUAAGUUACAGUGUCAUUUCAUACCUCAAAAAAUUGAGUCAACAGGCCAAAAUAGAAUCUGAUCGAGUCAUUGGAUCUGUAGGCAAAAAAGUAGUACAGGAAACUGGAAUUAAAGUCCGAAGCCGAUCACAUGGUUUAUCAAUGGCCUAUAGGAAAGAUUUUCAACAACUCCUCCAGGGAAUUUCAGAGGAUGUUCCUCAUAGACUGCUGGACCUGAACAUGAAAGAAUACACUGGGUUCCAAGUUGCUUUGCUCAAUAAGGAUUUAAAGCCACAGACAUUUAGAAAUGCAUAUGACAUACCUAGACGGAAUCUUUUGGAUCACUUAACAAGAAUGAGAUUUAAUCUUAUGAAGAGCACCCGAAGAUUUCUUAAAGGACAGGAUGAAGAUCAAGUACACAGUGUUCCUAUAGCACAAAUGGGGAAUUACCAGGAAUAUCUCAAGCAAGUACCUUCUCCACUAAGAGAACUUGAUCCUGAUCAGCCUCGAAGGUUACAUACAUUUGGCAACCCUUUUAAGCUGGAUAAAAAGGGUAUGAUGAUAGAUGAAGCAGAUGAAUUUGUGGCUGGACCUCAAAAUAAACAUAAACGACCUGGAGAACCAAAUAUGCAAGGGAUCCCUAAAAGACGUCGCUGUAUGUCUCCACUGCUGAGAGGCAGACAGCAGAAUCCAGUUGUGAACAAUCAUAUUGGAGGAAAAGGACCACCUAUACCUAUGACUCAAGCACAGCCAGAUCUUAUUAAACCCCUUCCUCUUCAUAAAAUUUCAGAAGCCAGUAAUGAUUCAACAAUAGAUGAUGUGGUUGAAAAUCAUGUUGCUGACCAACUUUCAUCAGAUAUUACACCAAAUGCUAUGGAUACUGAAUUUUCAACAUCAUCUUCUCCAGCCAAUUUACUGGAACGACCAACCAAUCAUACAGAGACUCUUGGUCAUGAUCAUUUAGGAACUAAUGACCUCACUGUUGGUGGAUUUUUGGAAAAUCAUGAGGAGCCAAGAGAUAAAGUACAAUGCCCUGAAGAGAAUAUACCAGCAUCUUCACUCAACAAAGGGAAGAAAUUGAUGCAUUGCAGAAGCCACGAAAAAGUCAACACUGAACUAAAAGCACAAAUAAUGAAAGAGAUUAGAAAGCCAGGAAGAAAAUAUGAAAGAAUCUUCACUUUACUGAAGCAUGUACAAGGCAGUUUACAAACAAGACUAAUAUUUUUACAAAAUGUCAUUAAAGAAGCAUCAAGGUUUAAAAAACGAAUGCUAAUAGAACAACUGGAGAACUUCUUGGAUGAAAUUCAUCGAAGAGCCAAUCAGAUCAACCAUAUUAAUAGCAAUUAAAAGAAAACAGAAUGUGGCCACUUAUUUCACUAUAUCUUCUCCAAAUACAAAGUAAAUACAAGACUGUUGUGAUUUUGCAUUCAUUUUUUGACAUGCAUUGUUGGCUAUUUGAAAUACUAAGAGCAAGUCUACAGAACCUUUCUCAUCAUUUUACAGUGACCUUUUCAUUUUGGUUUAUUUUUGUAAUGUGAAAAGUAUCACUCUAAAAAACAUUUUUAUUUAACAAACUUAAAAAUAUUCCUUCAAAUCUCUUGCUUGUCAUUGACUCUUGCGUGUCAAUUUCCCUCAGGUUCUAUUUUCUUAAACCAACCUUUAAAAUUGUCACCUCUGUUAAGGUUGAACUUUGCCAAAAAAAUAAAAAAGAAGUUACUUUGUAAUUUUUGGGGAAAAAAGCACAUACAUUAAAACUAGGUAAUGUUUUGUAUAUACAGUUAUUUUGGAUAUAUUAUUGUAAGUUGUACAAAUGUAUUUUGAAGAAUAUUUAAGAAAAGCACUUUUGUUAUUCCAUCAAUAAAUGCUCUAUUUUACUCUUGUGUGGUUUAGGAAAUAAUCACAUUUAAAGAAAUCAUUUAAAACUAUCUUAAGGUAAUGGAAUUUUAAAAGCUUUGCUUUAUAGCAUUGAAAAAAAUACACCACUUGAAGUUCAUAUUUGUUAAACCUAACUGUAAUUACUUGGUACAUAAUCUGCAUUGUCUUUUUUCUAUAUGUUCUUAUCUUUUGUUGGUCAUGCCAAAGUACUCCCAUUUCUUCCCAGAGGAUGGAAUCAACAAUAUCUGUAGCAGAUAGGCAGAUACUUUAAAAGCUGUUUAAAAAGCAGACACCUUUGGACAUUAUUGGUUUCCUUAUUUCCCUUCAACCCCUUUUCCUUUCUUACUAGGAUUAUAGAUGGCUCAGAGUUGAAACUGUUAGGGAGUUGUAAGUUUGGGGAACAUCACAUACUCUGAAAUAGCUUCCUGUUAGCAGCUUGAUGCCAUGCUUACAAAAGUCCCAUAAAUUGGGAGUUCAAGGGGGAUCUCUUUGUUCUCUGCUAUUCUCAUACAUAAACUCUCCAUUUUAUUUGAAGCUAAAUGAAAAGGAAACACAUUAGGAUGACUUGGCUCAUUUUGCAUUACCCCCGUUUACCUGGGACAAGGAAAAACAAACACUCUUCAUUGUCCACCUUCAGUAAAGUGGCCUCAUGUCCUUACUGAGGACACGACCCUAUAACCUGACUCACCAUUCAUAUAUCACUGCUGUGCCUUGUAGUGCUUUGGGGUAGCCGGUAGAAAAAGAAAAAUGCAUUUAGAUUAAGUGGGUGAAAUAAAUUUAUAAAAUUAUAGUAAAAUUGAAGUAUUUUUAGGUUCAUAACAUUUGAAAAUUACAUACCCUUAUCUUUUUACACUUUAGUAGAACAGUUUUUACAUUUCAAGGGUAUAGGGUAAUGAAAUUGUAACUUUUUAUGAAGAAAAGCAUAGAUGAAAGUGGAGAACAUGUUUGAGAUCUGUUAAUUUUUUUAGUCUAGGGGAUUUGAAACUCUCCUAAUACUGAAGAUAAACCCUGUCAAGAAAAAGAAGCAUGUAUAAUGUUACAUAGUAUUUUCAUAUGCAAUUCUUUAAACCUUUUUUACCUCUACUAACUUUCUUUAAAGCAGGAUGUCAUUUAAUAGAUGGAAUUGUUAAGGUAAUUAUCUACAGUCACAUUGCUAAAUUCAGCAAGAGUUACACAAAAUCCAGAAUAUAUUGUCUGGUCUUAAAUUAUAUAUAAAUGUUUAUAUUCUGAGAUUAAUGGAAGGGAUUACAUACAAGUCAUUCAGAUAAAAAUUCAUGCUUAAGAAUAUUUAGGAAAGGGAUUCAGUCUAUUCCAAUAUUUAGUGUCCUUAUCAAAAAAAUUCUAAUUUUCAUUUCAAAAGUUGCUUAUGAGCUACUAAUCCUUUAGACUCUUGACCUUUAAUCCAUUGUUGGGGGGAUGAACCUUAGAAAGAGUUGUAAAGAAGCAGUUUAUUCAACCUCUUUUUGUCAAUUUCUGCCACAGUACUCUACACGCUCAUCCUAAAACCUAGUCACAAGGUUUGAAACCCAUUGAAAUUCAAGCUUAAUAUCCCACCUCUAUCAGGUUUUCUGCAUUUUAAGAAACUUAGCUUAUAUUUCAAUUAGUGAAAUACUGUAGAAUUCUUAUAAGCAAAGGGGAAGUGGACUAUAUUUGAGUGAAAUAUGUCUUUUAGGCCUUUCAGCUCGCUGGAUGACUAGGCUGGACAAAUUAUAUUUUUCAACAGUUAAAUCUUGAGAUAAAGAGUUUUUCUUAAUGGUCUCAUGUGUCCCAUUUGUCAAUUGAUGAGUCAUUAUUUGCCCUUAUUAGUAAGAUUGAUCAAUUUGGUAUACUGAAGGCUGAGACUCAUUUUUAUCUCUUCAAUACCCCUGUCACCAGAAGAGUGUCCAUCCACUUGUGUGAUGUGGGUAAGUAUCUCUGAGAAAGAGGUAAAUUAAUUCACAGGGACUAUAGAUGUGCAGCAGAUUAUGUCACUGGUUUUGGAUUAGCCUUAUGUUUUCAUUCUCUGUUUACUAAGGCAAUUCUACAAACUAUCAUCGAAAUGGUAGUGUGUCCUUUACUACUACAAAGAUUUUAUAGUCAUUUUUAAAAUAUAUUUUAUUGAUUUUUUACAGAGAGGAAGGGAGAGGGAUAGAGAGUUAGAAACGUCGAUGAGAGAGAAACAUCGAUCAGCUGCCUCCUGCACAUCUCCCACUGGGGAUGUGCCUGCAGCCAAGGUACAUGCCCUUGACCGGAAUCGAACCUGGGACCCCUGAGUCCGCAGGCCGACGCUUUAUCCACUGAGCCAAACCGGUUAGGGUGAUUUUACAGUCAUUUUUAUGCAGUUAAAUUCCAAGAAAGAAAUUGUUCUCGUAACUGUCAUCAACUUUAAUUGGCUAUCAGCUUUUGACAAUGACCUUUCUGUUCCAAUUUAGUCUCCUGUCUGUCUGAAGGGAGUAGAACCUGUCAUCUUUCAUUUUUUACAUGUAUGUUUUCUAAGAGAGGGCUCUCUGUUGCUUGUUCUGAGUGAUAUGUGUCAUUUUCAUCUAAUAAUAUGUAUGGGGUUGGGAUGAUUACUAGCAGGACAUAUCUGUUGAUGGACCUUUUCUCCCCAAAUAAUCCCAAAAUGAUCAUUUUCAUCCUUUUUGUCACAAAAGUGUUCCUUUGAUUUCUAGCACAACUUGCAGCAGUAUGCAAAUGAUUCUCAGAUAAAAUGAUGUUGACAAUAUUUCCUUAAAAAUUUGUGUAAAGCCUAUGCCUAAUUUUCAUGAUUCUAACUUUUGACUUUUUUCUCUCCAUAAAUAAAAAUAAUGCCUGAUGUUUAGUUAAAGUA